GGACACUGGUCGUGAAGGAGAGAGAAUCCCAGAGGCAGCGGCUGAAUGGGACGACAAAAACGCAGGCUGCGCGCGGACUCCAGCAACGGUGCCCGGGAAUGAACGAGCAACGGCACGGAACCUGCCGGCCGUCAGCGGAGAGACCUGGACAAGUCCAUCCAGCUGAGGCACCAUGCAUUUUCCAAACUCCACCACCACGUGGACGGUCCAUCAGCUAAAUGCCACUCACGCGGCGGCGUUCCUCUACCCUCGACGUGACCUCACCAACGCCACCUCAUCAGUCUCGUCAAACUCCUCUCCCUGGGAUAACACCACACGUGGAGGAGAGGCGGUCCAAGACCCACACCCCUUGGACCCGCUGGGCGGACACUCUGUCCUAGAGGUGGUGGGCAUCGGUCUCUUCACCGGCGUUAUGAGCCUCGCGACCAUAGUGGGGAACGUGUUGGUCCUGGUCAGCUUCAAGGUGAACAAGCAGCUGCACACAGUCAACAACUACUACCUGCUCAGCCUGGCGGUAGCCGACCUCAUCAUCGGCAUCUUCUCCAUGAACCUCUUCACGUGCUACAUGAUCAUGGGCCACUGGGCGCUUGGCAGCCUUGCCUGCGACCUGUGGCUGGCCCUCGACUACGUGGCAAGCAACGCGUCCGUGAUGAAUCUCCUGGUCAUCAGCUUCGACCGCUUCUUCUCCAUCACUCGGCCACUCACGUACCGUGCCAAGAGGACUCCCCACCGCGCGGCCCUGCUCAUCGGUCUGGCGUGGGUGGUGUCCUUCGUGCUCUGGGCGCCCGCAAUCCUCUUCUGGCAGUACAUCGUGGGCGAGCGGACCGUGCCACCGGACGAGUGCCGCAUUCAGUUCCUGUCGGAGCCCAUCAUCACGUUCUGCACAGCCAUCGCAGCGUUCUACCUGCCCGUCACCAUCAUGGCCACGAUUUACUGGCGCAUUUUCAAGGAGAUCCAAAACCGCGCGCGAGACCUGGCCAUGCUGCAGGGCUCCAUCUCGGAGGGCCGCGAGGAGUUGGAGCAGGAAGAGGACAUGGUGGAGGAUGAAAAGGAGGAAGAGGAGGAGGAAUCAACGCAGGCCGUUGACACCCCGCAGGUGAGCGGCGAGCGCAGACGCGUGGGCAACAACAGCAGCAGCAAGGAUAACGGCGCAACUUCUGCAAGCAGCCACUAUUCCGAGAAAGACGACGCGCCCAAGAAGCACAGGGCAAUAUACUCGAUGGUGAUGGUGCUCCCAAGCGGCAGGUGCAGCGCCAUGCACGCGUCCAAGGUGACGGGACGGCUCAGCGCACAGAACGCAGACAUGCGGGAUUCCAUGCCGAGCCACGAGGCCAGGGUACGGUCAGUGCGGAGCCACAACUUUUCAGACCGAAGCGGUCAGACGGACGGCGCUUCGCCGAGUCUGCGGCAGACGGCCUCGGAGAGGUCUCCCGUGGAGUCGGACACGUCGGAGCACUCGUCCUCGAGCGGCACGCGAGAGGUCUGCGCGGCGUCGUCGUCCUCGACGCGGAUCUCAAUGCGCGAUCUCUCAACGGCGAAGCGAUUUACGUCAGCGGCACUCAAGGUGAACGUGACGGCACGCAAGCGCAUGUCGCUCAUCAAAGAGAAGAAGGCGGCCAGGACGCUAAGCGCCAUCCUCCUGGCGUUCAUCAUCACGUGGACGCCCUAUAACAUCAUGGUGCUCAUGUCAACUUUCUGUCCAGAUUGCGUGCCGCCCGUGCUCUGGAACAUCGGCUACUGGCUUUGCUACGUCAACAGCACUGUCAAUCCGGUGUGCUACGCGCUCUGCAACAGGAUUUUCCGCAAGACCUUCAGACAGCUUCUGCUCUGUCAACUCAGAAACAGUGGGACCCAAUGGUUGUCCAGAGGUCUGAAAUGCUCGACCACAGAGAUCAGGAGAUCACAGAUAAACCCAACUUGAGCCUUCCAAACCACUCCACGUGUAUGUGUCAUGCACAUACUCACACAAGCAGCUACGAAAACAGUUUUUAAUUAAAGCAUGACAAUAUGCCCACAUGCAACCGAUUUGUAUACGUUAGUUCUGUAUACAUUUUCGUUUGGAUGAAAACGUUGCUGCGAAUAAGGAUUUGCCAAAAAUAACAAAAAAAACCUGUGUAUUUAUACAAUGCACACACCGUGUGGUUUGUACGCAUUCUAUACAGAACGCCAAUACAUAAAGGUCCAUUUGCAACCAAUGUGUUUGUAAAUGAAAGAGAAGUUGUUUGUAAAGUGGGAAUGACUGUUACUUGGAGUACCUCCUCACACUGCUGAACACUAUUGUAUGUGCAAAUGCUGUCAGUUUUUUAAACGUUUGCUAAAACAUAAAGUGUUAUUAAAAAAGUAUUAUAUGGACAUUCUUGAUGCGGUGAAAGGGUGUCUCUUAAUAGUGAUUUGUAAACAGCUACAU